GAGUGUGCACCACUUGCCGACGAUACAGUGACAGUACGACUCCUUGAAUUAUUAUGUUUAUAACAGUACCAAACAUUUCUUCAAAACAAAAAAAAACAGUACUACCAAACAUUAGUUCAUCAAUUCCUGAAACCCAUUUUAGAGUUUAUUGCUCUUGAGCUGAAACAAAAAAUACCGUUGCUCAUUGUCAUUCAGAAAACAAAAAACAAAAAUAGUGAAGGAAAGUUUUCUCACUGUUCAUUUCAAAGAUUUCAAAGAUUGGAGUUUCUUCAACUAAUAGAGAGUAGUAGAUCAGUCUUGUUAUAUCGCAUCAUCAAUAGCACCAGUUGUUCCGUUGUUGAUUCAUAAUCUUGCAGACUUUGACUCAAGUCACAAGGAAGAGCAGAAUAAGAAAAAAAAAUCAAUGGAAAUUUUAAUUUCUAUUGUUGGAAAAAUAGCAGAAUAUACUGUUGUGCCUAUUGGACGUCAAGCAAGUUACUUAAUAUUCUACAAAGGUAACUUCAAGACGUUAAACAAUCAUGUUGGAGACCUUGAGGCUGCAAGAGAAAGAAUGAUCCAUUCAGUUAAAAGUGAAAGGGAAAAUGGUAAAGAAAUUGAAAAAGAUGUUCUGAAUUGGUUGGAGAAAGUGGAUGGGGUCAUUAAAGAGGCGAAUCAACUUCAAAACGAUUCUCACAAUGCAAAUGUUAGGUGCUCACCAUGGUCAUUUCCAAAUUUAAUUUUGCGUCAUCAACUAAGUAGGAAUGCCACAAAAAUUGCAAAUAAUGUUGUUGAAGUUCAAGGGAAAGAAAAGUUUAAUUCAUUUGGUCACCUUCCCCCUCUAGAUGUAGUAGCCUCCUCCUCCUCAACAAGAGAUGGUGAAAUGUAUGACACAAGAGAGUCACUAAAGAAGGACAUUGUGAAGGCUUUAGGAGAUUCUACUUCAUGCAACAUUGGGAUCUAUGGGUUGGGUGGGGUUGGGAAGACCACUCUGGUGGAGAAAGUUGCUCAAAUAGCCAAGGAACAUAAAUUGUUCGAUAAAGUGGUUAAGGCAGAAGUAUCGAAAAAACCAGACAUUAGAAGAAUUCAAGGGGAGAUUGCAGAUUUCUUGGGUCUGCGAUUUGAAGAGGAGAGUAUUCCCGGCAGAGCAGAACGCCUUAGACAAAGAAUCAAGAUGGAGAGAAGUGUCCUUAUCAUUCUAGAUAACAUAUGGACCAUACUUGAUUUGAAAGAAGUGGGGAUACCAGUUGGUGAUGAACAUAAUGGUUGCAAAUUGUUGAUGACAAGUAGAAAUCAAGAUGUGUUGCUGCAAAUGGAUGUCCCAAAGGAUUUCACUUUCAAAGUUGAACUUAUGACUGAAAAUGAGUCAUGGAGCUUGUUUCAGUUUAUGGCAGGGGAUGUGGUUAAAGAUAGCAAUUUGAAAGAUCUACCAUUUAAAGUGGCCAGAAAAUGUGCAGGUUUGCCUCUUAGGGUAGUGACAGUAGCGCGUGCAAUGAAAAAUAAGAGGGAUGUUCAGUCUUGGAAAGAUGCAUUAAGGAAAUUACAAAGUAAUGAUCAUACAGAGAUGGAUUCGGGAACUUAUUCUGCUUUGGAAUUGAGUUACAACUCAUUAGAGAGUGAUGAAAUGAGGGCUCUCUUCUUGCUUUUUGCAUUACUGGCAGGUGAUAUAGAGUACUUUCUCAAAGUUGCAAUGGGGUUGGACAUAUUGAAGCAUGUUAAUGCCAUAGAUGAUGCAAGAAAUAGACUUUACACAAUAAUCAAAUCUUUGGAGGCGGCUUGUCUUUUGCUUGAAGUUAAAACAGACGGAAAUAUCCAAAUGCAUGACUUUGUUCGUGAUUUUGCUAUCUCCAUAGCAUGUAGGGACAAACUUGUACUUCUAAGAAAACAAUCUGAUGCUGAAUGGCCAACCAAUGAUUUUCUAAAAAGGUGCAGGCAGAUUGUUCUAGAUAGAUGGCAUAUGGACGAGCUUCCUCAAACGAUUUAUUGUCCAAACAUUAAGUUUUUUGUGUUUUCCAAUGUGAACCGUUCUUUAGAAAUCCCUGAUACUUUUUUUGAGGGUAUGAGAUGCCUUAGAGUAGUAGAUUUAACGGGCUUGAACUUGUUGUCAUUACCCACAUCGUUUCGGUUAUUAACAGACCUUCAAACAUUGUGUUUGUAUCGAUGCGUUUUGGAAAAUAUGGAUGCACUAGAAGCUUUGCAAAAUUUAGAAAUUCUUUGCCUUUGGAAAUCUUCAAUGAUCAAGUUGCCAAGAGAAAUAGGGAGAUUGAUUCGAUUGAGAAUGCUUGACUUGAGCCAUUCAGGAAUAGAGGUAGUCCCACCCAACAUCAUAUCAAGCUUGACUAAAUUGGAGGAGUUGUACAUGGGUAAUACCUCUAUUAAUUGGGAAGAUGUGAGUUCAACGGUUCAUAAUGAAAAUGCUAGUCUUGCCGAGCUUCGAAAACUACCCAAAUUGACAGCUCUAGAAUUACAAAUUCGUGAGACUUGGAUGUUGCCAAGGGACUUGCAAUUGGUGUUUGAGAAGCUGGAAAAAUAUAAAAUAACUAUUGGAGAUGUAUGGGAUUGGUCUGACAUCAAGGAUGGAACCUUAAAAACAUUGAUGCUCAAACUUGGUACAAACAUACAUUUGGAGCAUGGAAUUAAAGCAUUGAUUAAAAGUGUUGAGAAUUUGUACUUGGAUGAUGUAGAUGGAAUUCAAAAUGUGCUUCCUCACCUAAAUAGAGAAGGAUUUACAUUGCUGAAACAUCUCUAUGUCCAAAAUAAUAGUAACUUGAAUCACAUUCUUGACAAUAAAGAGAGAAAUCAAAUCCAUGCGUCCUUUCCCAUCUUGGAAACACUAGUACUUCUUAAUCUUAGAAACUUGGAGCAUAUAUGUCAUGGUCAACCUUCAGUUGCUUCUUUUGGAAGUCUCAGUGUUAUCAAAGUAAAAAAUUGCGUCCAAUUAAAGUAUCUUUUCUCCUUUACAAUGGUGAAAGGACUUUCUCACCUUUGUAAGAUUGAAGUUUGUGAGUGCAAUUCUAUGAAGGAGAUAGUGUUCGGAGACAACAAUUCAAGUGCUAAUAAUGAGAUCAUCGAUGAAAAAAUCGAGUUUCUUCAAUUGCGUUCUUUGACUUUAGAACAUUUGGAAACACUUGAUAAUUUCUUCUCAUAUUAUUUGACACAUUCUAGAAAUAAGCAAAAGUGUCAUGGUUUAGAGCCGUGUGAUUCUGCACCAUUUUUUAAUGCUCAGGUUGCAUUUCCUAAUUUGGAUACCCUUAAAUUGAGCUCACUUCUCAAUUUGAAUAAAGUCUGGGAUGACAAUCAUCAAUCAAUGUGCAACUUGACUAGCUUGAUUGUGGAUAAUUGUGUUGGAUUGAAGUAUUUAUUUCCCUCUUCUUUGGUUGAAAGUUUUAUGAACCUCAAACACCUUGAAAUAAGUAACUGUCAUAUGAUGGAGGAGAUAAUAGCUAAAAAGGACAGAAACAAUGCACUGAAAGAGGUUCGUCUUUUAAAUUUAGAAAAAAUCAUAUUGAAGGAUAUGAACAACUUGAAGACAAUAUGGCAUCGCCAAUUUGAAACAUCGAAGAUGUUGGAAGUGAACAAUUGUAAGAAAAUUGUGGUGGUUUUUCCUUCUUCAAUGCAAAACACAUAUAAUGAGCUAGAGACGUUGAAGGUUACAGAUUGUGAUUUAGUUGAAGAGAUAUUUGAAUUGAAUUUCAAUGAAAAUAACAGUGAAGAGGUUACGACACAUUUGAAAGAAGUUACUAUAGAUGGACUGUUGAAGCUGAAAAAGGUAUGGAGUGGAGAUCCUGAAGGAAUUCUUAGUUUUCGAAAUCUAAUAAAUGUACAACUAGUUAGUUGUACAAGCUUGGAGUAUCUAUUACCACUCUCCGUAGCCACUCGUUGCUCACAUCUCAAGGAACUUGGUAUAAAAUGGUGUGAAAACAUUAAGGAAAUUGUUGCAGAGGAGGAAGAAUCUAGCUUGAGUGCAGCUCCCAUAUUUGAGUUUAAUCAACUAAGUACUUUAUUGCUUUGGAACUUAACUAAACUCAAUGGUUUCUAUGCUGGAAAUCAUACUCUAGCAUGCCCAUCUUUGAGAAAAAUCAAUGUCUCUAGAUGUACAAAAUUGAAAUUGUUCAGAACACUAUCUACAAGAAGCUCCAAUUUUCGAGAUGACAAACCCUCUGUUAUAACGCAACCACCACUUUUCAUUGCCGAAGAGGUGAUUCCAAACUUGGAGCUGUUGAGGAUGGUACAGGCGGAUGCUGACAUGAUAUUGCAAACCCAAAACUCAAGUUCCCUCUUUUGCAAAAUGACCCAUCUUGGAUUGGCUAGCUAUAACACCGAAGAUGCUAGAUUUCCUUAUUGGUUUCUUGAAAAUGUGUAUACUCUUGAGAAACUACGUGUUGAGUGGUGUUGCUUCAAGAAGAUAUUCCAAGAUAAAGGAGAAAUAAGUGAGAAGACUCAUACACAAAUCAAAACACUGAUGUUGAAUGAAUUACCUAAACUUCAACAUAUAUGUGAUGAAGGAUCUCAAAUUGACCCAGUUCUUGAGUUCCUUGAAUACUUAAGGGUUCGUAGUUGUUCUAGUUUGACAAAUUUGAUGCCUUCCUCCGCCACCCUUAAUCAUCUCACAAAGUUAGAGGUAAUAAAAUGCAAUGAGCUAAAAUAUUUGAUCACAACUCCUACUGCACGAAGUUUAGACAAGCUCACUGUGCUGCAGAUAAAAGAUUGUAAUUCACUUGAAGAAGUAGUUAAUGGAGUAGAAAAUGUUGACAUUGCUUUUAUUAGUUUACAAAUUUUGAAUUUGGAAUGUUUGCCAAGUCUCAUCAAGUUUUCCUCUAGUAAGUGUUUCAUGAAGUUUCCAUUAUUGGAGGAAGUAAUUGUGAGGGAAUGUCCUCAAAUGAAGAUUUUUUCAGAGGGAAACACAAGUACACCAAUUCUUCAAAAAGUUAAAAUUGCAGAAAAUAAUUCAGAAUGGCUUUGGAAGGGAAAUCUAAACAAUACAAUAUACAACAUGUUUGAAAAUAAGGUUGCAUUUGGUAAACUCAAGUACUUAGCAUUAUCUGACUAUCCUGAGCUAAAGGAUGUGUGGUAUGGCCAACUUCAUUGCAAUGUGUUCUGCAGUUUGAAACAUCUUGUCGUGGAAAGGUGUGAUUUUUUAUCACAUGUACUUUUUCCAUCAAAUGUAAUGAAAGUGCUACAUACAUUGGAAGAACUAGAAGUAAAAGAUUGCGAUUCAUUAGAAGCAGUGUUUGAUGUGAAAGGUAUGAAGUCACAAGAAAUAUUGAUAAAAGAAAACACUCAAUUGAAAAGAUUGACUUUGUCUGGUUUACCCAAAUUGAAGCAUAUAUGGCACGAGGAUCCUCAUGAAAUUAUCAGCUUUGGAAAGUUAUGCAAGGUGGAUGUUUCUAUGUGCCAAAGCUUGUUAUAUAUCUUUCCAUAUUCACUAUGCGUAGAUCUUGGACAUCUUGAAAUGCUUGAGAUAGAGUCUUGUGGAGUCAAGGAAAUUGUUGCAAUGGAAACUGGAUCAAUGGAAAUUAAUUUUAAUUUUCCCCAAUUGAAAAUUAUGGCACUGCGUCGUUUGACAAAUCUUAAGAGUUUCUAUCAAGGAAAGCAUAGUUUAGAUUGCCCUUCAUUGAAGACUUUGAAUGUAUAUCGUUGUGAAGCAUUAAGAAUGUUUUCUUUCAACAAUUCAGACUCACAACAAUCUUACUCAGUUGAUGAAAAUCAGGACAUGCUAUUCCAACAACCCCUGUUUUGUAUUGAAAAGUUGGGCCCCAAUCUGGAGCAAAUGGCAAUAAAUGGCAGAGAUGUCUUGGGGAUAUUGAAUCAAGAAAAUAUCUUUCAUAAAGUUGAAUAUGUUCGUUUGCAAUUGUUUGAUGAAACUCCAAUUACUUUUUUGAAUGAAUAUCUUCACAAGAUAUUUCCUAAUCUUGAAACAUUUCAAGUGCGUAAUAGUUCCUUUAACGUAUUGUUCCCAACUAAAGGAACCACUGAUCAUCUCAGUAUGCAAAUUUCAAAGCAAAUAAGAAAAUUAUGGCUUUUUGAAUUGGAAAAGCUCGAGCACAUCUGGCAGGAAGACUUUCCACUGAAUCAUCCUCUGUUCCAAUAUCUUGAAGAUUUACGUGUACUGAAUUGUCCAAGUUUGAUAAGUUUGGUACCAUCGUCGACAUCUUUCACAAAUUUAACCUAUUUGAUAGUGGACAACUGCAAAGAGCUGAUCUAUUUGAUAACAUAUUCAACAGCUAAAAGCCUAGUUCAACUCAAAACAUUAAUAGUAAUGAAUUGUGAGAAGAUGUUAGAUGUUGUGAAGAUUGAUGAAGAAAAAGCAGAGGAAAACAUCGUAUUUGAAAACUUGGAAUACUUGGAAUUUACUUCAUUGUCAAGUUUGAGAAGCUUCUGCUAUGGGAAACAAACAUUCAUAUUCCCAUCUUUGCUUCGUUUCAUCUUUAAAGGAUGCCCUCGAAUGAAAAUCUUCUCAUUUGCACUCACAGUAACACCGUACCUCACAAAAAUUGAUGUGGGAGAAGAAAACAUGCGAUGGAAAGGUGAUCUUAACAAAACUAUUGAACAAAUGUUCAUAGAAAAGGAAGUCUCACAUUCUAAUUAAUAUGUUGAAUGAGACCAUAAUCUAUCCUCGUAUUUGCAAGGGACGAAUGCAAUAUUUAAGCAAAAAAAAAAAAUCAGAGAGAGAAGAAAGGGGCUCAACGUAGAAGAGGAAAAGAAGUAAAGAAGGGCCCAGGGGUAUUUUUAAAAGACAGAUUUUUUUGCUGGGAUUGAUUUCUGAUUUUUUAUUUUACAAGGACCAAAACUUAAACGGACCAUAUUUGCAGGGACGAAUGCAAUAUUUAAGCAAAAAAAAAAAAAAAUCAGAGAGAGAAGAAAGGGGCUGAACGUAGAAGAGGAAAAGAAGUAAAGAAGAAGAGGCAGUGAGAGGGAGUGGGUUACCGAAAGAGAGAAAUGAGAAGCAGGAAGAACUAUGAGAUCGAGAGACAAGGAAGAGAAGAGAGUUGGAGCUGCAACCUCCAUCUACAGUAAAGAAAAAGGAGAAGUCACCAUUGAAGAAGCUAUAGCCAUCAUGGAAGUUGCAAAAUCAAGUUAAAAUUAGGGAUUCAAGUAUCUCUCUUUUGGGUAAAAUCUAAGAGGCCAUAAGCUGUAGUUAAGCUGUUUUGAGAAAAGUGCUUAUGGGGCAUAGCAGGAGCUGAAAUGGGACGUAAGCAGCGUCGAGACUUUAAAAAAAAUGUUUAAGUUUCCCAUAGAGUUGCAGCAACACAUCAUAUCGCAUAAGAGGGUGGUUCAAGCGACGAUGAUAGAUAGAAGGUUUCUAAUUGCGGGGAGUGGCUUGCUGAACCUUUCACAAAUCAAGGGUUGAUGAUGAUGAUGAUGAUGAUGAUGAUGAUAGCUAUGAAUAUUUACAAGAGAUGAAUUUUGUGCCUUAUGAAACACUUCUUCACAAUAACAUGAAUACCAAUGGUUUUGUAGUUCCCUUUCUCAUGCAACAGGCAGGAACCACUUGUGCUACAGUUCUUAUCCGAGCAAUAUUUACGGAAGGAUGCAAAUCAGUAGCAGCUGAAUGAAUGCAAUGGAUCUGAGGCGAGGUAUAAAUAUGGAUGUUGAUGCUGUUGUGACAAACUUGAAAAGCAGAGCACGAAUGAUCGACACUUCCGAAGAAAUAGCUCAGGUGGAUUUGACACAGCUCAUGCCUGCUGCUAGACAAAGAAUUUAUCGAAAGAGGAGUUUGUGCAAACACUUCGUCUACAGAGCAAUGUUUUCUCAAGAGGGAGUUUGAAGUACAGGGGAGUAACACUGCACAGAUGUGGCCGUUGGGAAGCUCGAAUGGGUCAAUUCCUUGGUUGGACCUGGUGCCUAUGUAAUAUGCACUUUCAAUGUUAAGUUAUGGCAACAAAUCAUUUUAACCUUUAAGGUAUGAUUGAAUUGAAGGUUUAAGAAGAAAAUGGAGGGGAAUUGACAUGAAUAAGCAACAAAGGUCAUGUAGGGGAUGGUGGAGAAAAAUUUGUAUUGGUGAUGUAUUUAUCGAUGGAGAUGUUCUUGAAUUCACAUUUAGGAUUAAGAAUAGUGGUUGGGUUGAUGUGAAAAAGAUUGUGAUUACUAUUUCCCUUAACUUGGUCAUCUUUUAUCAAUGCAAUAAUCCUUUUUAGUUUAUAAA